AUGUCUGAUAUUCGUCGUGAUCGUGAAAAAUCUUUCUCUGUAUCCCGAUGUUCAUCAAUAAAUGAACGUCAAAAUAAAAAAGAUAAUUAUGAAAAUAAUUAUCGUAAAAGAUCAAAUUCAAAUAGAUCAAAUGAUGAUACAGAUUGUCAAAGAACAUCAAAUCUUGAUGCUAAAGUUUAUAUUGGAAAUGUUCCAACAAAUAGUUUAACUGAUAGUGAAUUACUUGAUUUUUUUAAAUCAUUCGGCAAAGUUUCAGAUAUUCGAGUUUAUAAAGGUUAUAUGUUUGUACAAUAUGAUCGAAUAGAAGAUGCUCGAAAAUUAAUAAAAGAAGGUCAAACAUGUUUAAUACUUAAGGGAAAUAAACUUGAUGUUUUACCAGCAAUGGACGGAACUUUAAAUAGUAAUAAAUUAUCUUUAAAUGAAAGAUCUUCGAAAGAUCAUAAAAGUUUUCAACAUGAAUUAUCAAGAAGUUCUCGUCGACAUUCUGAUUAUGAUCGACAAUCAUCAAAUUAUGAACCUCCUAGAAAACGAUAUUCAUCAAAACAUCAUUUAGAUGAUCAUCAUCAACAUAGAUCUUCUUGUAGUACUAAUAAUUCAAAUAAUUAUCGAGAUUCAAAUAAGAUGGAAAUGUUUAGUGAUCGUCGUGUUAUAAUAUCAUCAUCAAGAUGUAGUUCACAUCGAUCUCCAAAUACUAAAUCAUAUGAAUCAUCAUCAUUAUCACGUUAUCAUCAAUCAUGUUAUACUAUUUUAUCAGGACCUGAUAAUCCAAGACAAUUAGUAGAUUGUCAAAUAAUUCUUGUUAAUCCUCGUCAAAAAAGUUAUGGUGAAGAAAUAUCAUCUCGUCUUGUUUGUCAUGGUUUGAUAACAUCUAUAAUACUUCUUCGAGAAGAUUAUACAUUAAUAGAAGCUAUUGAAAAUGCAGCACAUGAACAAUGUCUUUAUGGAAUAAUUGUUAUGCCAAUGCAUGAAGAACGACGUACUGCAUCUUUUCAUAUUCUUCAUUCACAAACAGAAGAACAUCGUAAUUUAACAUUAGAAGAUGGUUAUCAUAUAAUUUUAACAAAUUUUGCUCGUUAUAAAGAAAAUAUUCGAAAUGAAGAAAUAAAUCGAUAUGAUCAUGAAAAUAUUCAAUCAAUGAUUUAUUCACAAUCAAAAGAAAAUUUAAAUCAAGAAAAAUCAAAUUCAUUAAAUGAAUAUUCAUCAUCUUUUGGUGAUAAAUUACCAUUAUCAAUGUUAUUAUGUCUUUUAGCUGAUGGAAGACAAUUAACAUUAGAUGAAGUUGAUCGAAUACUUGUUUAUUUACUUGAAAAAAAAGCAAAAAUGUUAACUUUACCACAAGGUACAUUACCACCAUUACCUAUUCAAUAUGCAAAUAUUAAAACAAAUCAUCAAACAGAUUCAUGUGUCUUAUCUGAUCGAAAUUGUUUUUUAACAAAAGAAGAUUUAUCAUCAUCAGAAUUAUCUUCAACAAUAGCUGAACAAAUUCGUCAGAUUAUUUCAACAGAUAUAAUUAAAUCAUCAUAUUUAAAUUCAAAUGAACAAUUUGAUAUUGAAAAUCGAACAAAAAAAAAUUCAUUUGAUUCAUUAUCAAAUAUAAUUAAAUAUGAAGAUAAUCAUAAUUUACAAACAAAUAUUCAUUUUAAACAAGGAAGAAAAGAUUUAAAUGAUUAUCAACAAAAUUUUCAAUCAUCAUCAUCAUCAUCAUCAUCAUCAGGACAAAAUAUUUUAUCACAAGAUAAUCAAAAUCAAACAUUAUUUUCUUAUACAAAAUCAAAUGAAAAUAAUUCAUCUAUUGUUACACCAACAUUUCAUUAUUCAUCAACAAUACCAACAAAUCAAACAUCAUCAAAUUCAUUUAUUUCAUCCUAUGAUUCAAUUGCUAAAACAUUAACUAUUAAAUCACCAUUAAAACAAACAACAACAACAUCAACUACAAUAUCUGAUAGUGUUUGUAAAUCUUCCGAAUAUAUGUAUCCAUCAACAUCAAUUACAAAUCAAAAUCUUUAUCAAACAAUGCCUAAUUCAGCAGCAGCUGAUGCAGCAGCUGCUAUUUUUCAAGCAUAUUCACAAUUUAAUAAUCGAACAACAUCUAUACCUUCAAUGAUUAAUCAACAAACAAAUAUUCAACCACAGCAACAAAUUCGAAAAUAG